UAAGACAGAGCUCGCCAAGGAGAAGUGCAGUCGAGUGACCAGAGAAAAUCCUUACACUCAGCCACUAGGAAAUGACCAGUGGUGGGCGUUGUGGCCUUUCAUGGACACCUGAUCUUUCAUAAAGGACUCUGUCCCCUUCUUGUCAUUCUGAAUGACUGAGAACCCCGGAGUCCUAUCUCCAUCAUUACACAGGAAACUGAGUACUUCCUACUCUUUCGGGACCUUGAACCUUGAAUUCAUAAAGACUCUAAGAGCUCUAGAAACAGAGACUUCGUGGACAAAGUCCCUUGAAACCACAAGUGCACCGCCUUUAACAGCAAAGUAAAUACAGAAACCAUUUUCCUUGACCAUGGGAGAAGCCAGGAUGGAACUUUCAACCACCUCAGAGCACUAUGGGACCACAGAAGAUUACUACGGGUUCGACACAGCCCCAUGUGAGAAAGGAGAGCAGAGGGCUUUUGGGGCUAAUCUGUUGCCCCCGUUGUAUUCCCUGGUAUUUAUCAUUGGCCUGGUCGGCAACAUCCUGGUGGUCCUGGUCCUUGUGCAAAAGAAGAGGCUCAAGAGCAUGACCAGCGUCUACCUCCUCAACCUGGCCAUCUCGGACCUGAUCUUCCUCUUCACGCUGCCCUUCUGGAUCGACUACAAUCUGAGGAACAACUGGAUAUUCGGUGACAGCCUGUGUAAGUUGCUCUCGGGGCUGUAUUACAUAGGUUUGUACAGCGAGAUCUUUUUCAUCAUCCUGCUGACCAUCGACAGGUACCUGGCCAUUGUCCACGCUGUGUUUGCCCUGCGGGCCCGGACUGUCACCAUUGGGAUCAUCUCCAGCAUCUUCACCUGGGGCCUGGCCAUUUUCACUGCCAUCCCAGGUUUUCAUUUUUCCAAGACCCAGUUGGAGAUCAAGCAAGUCACCUGCAGUCUUCAUUUCCCUCACACAAGCUUCAGACAGUGGAAGCAGUUCCAGGCUCUGAAACUGAACAUCUUGGGGAUGGUGUUGCCUCUGGUGGUCAUGAUCGUGUGCUACACAGGGAUUAUAAGGAUUUUGCUCAGACGGCCAAAUGAGCAGAAGGCCAAAGCCGUCCGUCUGAUUUUUGUCAUCAUGAUCAUCUUCUUUCUCUUUUGGACCCCUUACAAUCUGACUAUGUUUGUUUCUGCUUUCCAAGAUGUCUUUUUUACCAAGGAGUGUGAGCAGAGCAAACAGCUGGACGUGGCCAUUCAAGUGACGGAGGUGAUCGCUUACACACACUGCUGUGUGAACCCGAUCAUCUACGUCUUUGUCGGCGAGAGGUUCCGCAAGUACCUACGCCAGUUGCGCCUCGUUACAUGGCUCCCCUUCCUCCCGAAAGAGAGGAUGGAGAGGGAGAGCUCCAUGUCCCCCUCCACAGGGAUGCAUGAACUCUCCAAUGGAUUCUGACUCAGGCCUCUGGAUCUGGGUUCUGAUUUAGGAUCCAGCAAGGGUGACCUGCCAGGGCACUGGCUGGAGACGAGGCAACUUGGCUCUGCCGGCCAGAUGCUGACCACUGACACAGCGUGGAAUGAUGCCCCACGGGACUGAGGCAGCUUAAAGGUGGUCUAGACUAAGUCACCUCUGGGGCUUCAGUCUAUCCUAUGAACUUCUCCCUGGAGAUGUAUGAGUGAACUGGGACAUUCCAGAAGACUGGGACAAAGGGUGCCAGUGAAGGGCUUGGGCCCAAACAGGGUUUCGGGUUUGUGAACAUUAACAUUUGUAAGCAAAACCGCUGAACAUCCCCCAUCUCUACCCUCACCACCAAUGAACUUGGAAAUAGUGGGUUCCACAGUUGACUUCACUUCCAGCCCAGAGCCAAUCAGGAGGCAGCAGCUGCCUCCACCCACCCACCGCAGCCCCGCUGUGGGUUCUAGGCUCUUGGAAACCCUAAGGACAUAGAACUCAUGAUGGAAGAACUUGAGACCUCAUGGGAAAUAGGACUGGGGAACUGCUGUUAGCAGUGGAACUUCCCUUAGAGAAAAUGUUCAUAUUCACUAAAAUCAAACAAUUCAGACAGUAGGCUUGACAUUGACCAUGUGUAAAUACGUUGAACUUCUUGAAACAGCCAUCGAGGGGAGGGAGUCAUUGUUUCCAUUACCGUGCCUUUUUUUUCUGAAUAUUUGUAGAACGUCCCUUGUCUGUCAGCUGGGUGAUAUGGUAGUAAAUCCUGACAGCUUUAUUGCAGAAAUUACUAACAGUCCAAAGGACACGGUUAAUUUCUUCCUCUGGUUCUCCGUCCAAGCCCUCUGGUUUUAUGGAUCAGAGCUUUGGCUACCGCCUUGGACCCGUCAUCAGGAAAAUGACUUGCUGUGAAAGCUGAUGGUGUUUGAGGCUGGGGGAGAGGAAAAUGUCUGUCAGCCGGGAUGGGGUGGGGAUGGUCUCUUGAUGUAGGAGGUUGAGAGGACCCUUGACUGAAAGAAACUUAUUUACCCAAAAUGUCUCUAACACAUUAUCUCUCACCAAGGACCUCCUAUUUAUCAUGUCUUUGUUCUCUUUUUCCUCAGACUUAACAUUUCCUUGAAAAUCAUUUCCCCAAUAACAAAAAUUAUUUCUAAAAAAAGCUUAAAAACACAAAGGGAAAUUUAAAAAAAACACACAAAAAAAAUCAAAAUUGUUCAUCAUCUCACUCCCCAAAGACAACCACUGUAUAUUUUUGAUGUAUUUUCUUUUAGUUAUUUUUUUCUCUUGUGAGUAUUUAUGAUUGUAUCAAAGAUGGACCUCUACUUGCUCCCCUGUUGUCGUUUUUAAGUUGUAGUAUGUUUUGAUCACUUUCCAAGUCAAUAAAUCAUUUAAAGCAUCA